AUGCGUACUAGAGAAAUUUGUUUAUCUGAUUCUCGUACUAAUUUUGUGGUCGUUAUUGCUCAAAUAUUCUUGUACUUUAACAGGAACUUAGUUGCCAGCCAUUCAACUUCCACCAGUGACUCAACUAUAUGGUGUUUGAAGAGGGACCUCCCGUGCCCUGGAAAACCCAAUUAUUAUUCAUUGUUUAUAAAUUGCGGUGGAAGAAAGAUUACCUUCGAAGGAAAUGAAUAUGAAGAGAACUUAAGUGCGGAUGGUCCGUCAUACUUUGAGUCCCAUGAUAGAUGGGCUUAUAGCAGUACAGGGCUGUUCAUGGGGGAGGAUGAUGCCAAAUUUGUUGCAACAAACAAUUCUUCUUUGACAAUGACUGGUGCAGAAUUUUAUCAAACAGCUCGCCUCUCCCCUUCUUCACUCAAGUAUUUUGGACUUUGCUUGCGCAGAGGCAGCUACAGAGUGCGUCUCCAUUUUGCCGAAAUAAUGUAUACUGAUGACUCCACCUUUAGCAGCCUUGGAAGGCGGAUAUUUGACGUGGCAAUCCAGGGGGAGGUUGUUUUGACAGACUUUGAUAUUGUGAAGGAAGCUAAUGGAGUUAGGAAAGGUAUUUACAGGGAUUUUAAUGUCCUCGUCAAUGGAAGUACACUGGAGAUCCAUUUGUACUGGACAGGGAAGGGCACCACAGCCAUCCCCGACAGAGGGGUAUAUGGACCCUUGAUAUCUGCAAUAGCUGUGACACCAAACUUUGAUCCUGAUACGGGGGGACUAUCUGCUGGAGCUAUCGCUGGGAUUGUAGUUUCUUCAUGUGUGGUUGGGUUUUCUAUUGUAGCUGCACUUUGGAUGAAAGGUUAUCUUAGAGGAAAAGAUGUUGAAGAUAAAGGUGAAAUUUUUGUUUUAUCAGACUUUGGUUUGGCUAAGCUUGAUGAAGAAGAAAACACCCACAUCAGUACGCGAAUUGCUGGAACUAUAGGUUAUAUGGCUCCUGAAUAUGCGAUGAGGGGUUAUUUGACAGACAAAGCAGACAUCUACAGCUUUGGAGUAGUUGCGCUAGAAAUUGUCAGCGGAAAAAGUAACACCAAUUACAGACCAAAAGAGGAUUUCGUCUACCUUCUUGAUUGGGCUUAUGUCCUACAAGAGCAAGGUAAUCUUUUAGACCUCGUGGACCAUAUUCUCAGUUCGAACUAUUCUGAAGAAGAGGCGAUGCGGAUGUUAAAUUUGGCGCUGUUGUGCACAAAUCCAUCUCCUUCACUUAGACCGGCUAUGUCUUCCGUGGUGAGAAUGCUCGAAGGCAAAAUCCCAGUCCAAGCACCAAAAAUAAUGCGUCGUACGCCAAGUGAGGGGAUUAGAUUUAAAGCAUUCGAGAAACUCUCACAAGAUAGCCAAACGCAUGUAUCGACAUACUCGCAGGAUAGUAAGGAACACAAUAGUGUUUCGAGAGAUGGACCAUGGAUUGAUUCGUCCAUCUCAUCUUUAAGCAAGGAUGAAACUCAGGAUCAUUCUGCAGCAAGUAGGCUGCUUCCUGAUCUUUAUGAUGUAAAUUUAGAUUAACUGAUGAUGCGUACUAGAGAAAUUUGUUUAUCUGAUUCUCGUACUAAUGUUUUCUUGGAAUUUCCGAAUGAUUAGUAGAAGGAAAAACUUUUGGUGGUUUUAUUACCGUUUUCAGUGGAAGUGUCGACGGUCCAGUUUCUUGCGUUUUA